GUCGGCUCCCAGGCUUCGUUCUGUGCAGUCUGUCAGUCAGUCUCUCUCUCUCGUGACUUUUCCAGGGUUGAGUUGCUGGGUUCAACUCAGAGCUGUUUGUCUGGGAGUAUUUCUGCAGUCUGGUUAGUUUCAGUGUUCAUCUGGGUUCCUGUGACUGUGACAUGGUAUUACUGUGAUAGGACACGUCUGUUGUUCUGAAAUCAACUGAAGGACAGGAUUGGAAUAUUCCACUGACCAGAGAGCAAAGAGUCUGCUGCCACUAACAGUAUGUUCUUACUGGGUAGUGGUCUGAUGGGGAACUCCUCUGCCUCCUUCAUGGGUACGUUCCUGGCCAGCAGUCUGGGCUCGUCCUCCCACCCCUCUCACCCCUCCCGGCCCCCCUCCUCACCCUCUUCACCCGGAUCCUUCCGUGGUGGGCCCCACUCCAGCGCCUCUCAGAUCUGGUUCCCUCACUCACACGAAGCCCCGGGGUAUCCUCGAUUCUCAGGGAGUCUCGCCCACACCUUCCUUCCCAUGAGCCACUUGGAUCACCAUGCCAACAGCGGCGUCCUCUAUGGGCAGCACCGUUUCUACGACACCCAAAAAGAGAACUUCUAUCUAAGAAGCCUUCCGUCCCAGCCCCCUCUCAUCUCAGCCAAUCACGGUCUUCCGCCCAUCUCCAGGGCGGGGCCGGGACACCCUCAGGGCUCCUGCAGUCGGGACAUGGACCCAGGGGGCGGAGUCAGCCUACACAAGGGCCUGAAGGAGGGGUCCGUCGAGAGAGGGGUGGUCCCCAGCACCAAGGACAAGGAGAGGCCCAGCAGCAAACAGGAGGCCAAGGAGCGUCAGCAACACCACAUCCACCACUCCCAGCCCUCACAUCCACACCACCACCACCCACACCCCGGCCACACACAGCCCCACCCCCACCAACAGCACCCCCAGUACCCCCAGCACCCGGUCUCCCUGGAGGAGGUCAAUAGCAGAGCUCUGGAGAGGCACAUGGAGCACCAACAGACACUAGGAAUGACCAGAACCCUCAGCGCCUGCCUGCUCAAUGGAAAGAUGCAGAACGGGGGGGACUCUGGGACGGGGGGAGCCAAGGCUUCCAUGACUAGCUAUGGGGGGGAGGUGGUGGGAAGCAGGGGGGCUCAGACACAGGCCAGCCACAGACACAUGGAGGGUGGGGGGAACAUCCGCUGCACCAAGGAAGGGGUGAGCGGCGAGAUGAGGAUCAGUGAGCAGCCUUCGGACUGUCUGGAGGGGAGGGGCCAGAUGCUCCACCACGCCCUUCCCUACUCUGUGGCGCCGCCCCUGCAAAUGGGUUCAGCCGCUGGGGGAGGCCACCCCCACCUCCACCCCCACCACCACUCUCACCCGCAUCCGGGGGGGUUCCACUGCCUUCAGCUCCACCCCAGCCAUCCCCACCACCCCCACACACACCACCACCCGGACUUCUUCUGCCCGCCUCCACCUGCCCCUCUAACCAACCCCUCGCCGCACGAGAGGGGAGGGGAAGGGGGGCGAGACCCCAAAGUGACAGGGCCCACGUUCAUACCAUCUGUAGGGGGAGGACACCUGGGGGACAAGUCCAGCGGGCAACCCUUCCAGAUGGGCACCCCAACCGACUGCCAGGGGUUGGUGGGUGGGGGCGGCAGUGCCAAGGACAAGGCCAUGGAGAAGAGUAACUGGCACAGGAAACAGCAGCAGCAGCUGUACAGAAAGUCUGAGAAGACCCCAGACUGGAUGCAGCAGCAGAGUCACCACCCCCAACAACCCCAUCCCCAACAACCCCUUCCCCAGCAGCCCCAGCUCCAACAGCCCCAUCCCCAACAACCCCUUCCCCAGCAGCCCCAGCCCCAACAGCCCCAGCCCCAACAAACCCAGCCCCAACAGCCCCAGACCCAACAACCCCAGACCCAACAACCCCUUCCCCAGCAGCCCCAGACACAGCAGCACCAAGCCGUGCGUUCUCGCAGCGUCGAAUGCAUCAAUAGCGUGGGAGUGGACACCACCGAUGUGUUCCGGCCCUCUCUUCCCCAGGGAGCCAAGGCCGGACACUCCCUCCCCCACUCAGUCAACACUUCCCCCUACAGAGACUGCUCCCUCCCGGGCCCCCUGCCCAACGCCUCACCCCUGGGGGGUCGAGGAGGUGCAGGCGGUGGUGCUGGAGGUGGGAGUUGUUCCUUACAGAGAGAUGGUCAGAAGGUGGCCCGUAUUCGCCACCAGCAGCACGGUGGGCCUGGCCCGGACGCCCCAGCAGCAGAGCUGAACCAGAACAACAAACAGAACCAGGACCUGAACAGGAAGCUGGAGAUGUCCCCGUACGGCUACAGCAACAGUGGGCAGGGACAGCAGCAUCACCCCCAGCAGCCCCCGGUUCCUCCCUGGGCCAUGAGGCCUCACCACGUCCACCCUGCAGAGGAGGAGCAGCAGCGGAAGACCUACAUGGAGUCUCUCAGUGGUGGCAGACAACAGCCCCAGCAACAACCAGGGCAAGGUAUGGGCCUCCCUCCUCAUCCUUCUCCCCAGCCCCAGCCACCUCCACCCCCAGCCCCCUCUCAGCAGCAGCAAGACCCCCAGGUCGCCUCACAGGCCCAGGAGGAGAACAGUGCCAUGAAGAGCCUGCUGAAGUACAGCACCCAGCAGCCCCUGCUCCUCUCCCAGAAGAGUCCCUUCGGAGGCCUGGGGAGCCUCAAAUCCGCUGGUCCUGGGGGUCCUGGAGGUGGAGCCCCCGGGGUUAGCUGCACCCUGCAAGGCAGCAAACAACAACAGGCCCUGCCCACCAGGAAGGGCCCGGUCAAUGACGGCGAGCGCUCUGACUGUGGGGGGCGUGGCCGGGAGGUGGGCGAGGCGGUGGGUCACGGUGAGGGAGAAGUGCGCCAACCGCCUGUGGGCAUCGCAGUCGCCGUGGCGAGGCAGAGGGAACCGUCCUGUCGCCCGGUGGACGCCCACCCCAACAGCCGGCAGGGGCGGGUGCACCCCUCCAUGAAAGGACCUCCUCGCUCCAUGUAUCCCUCAGACCCUGCAGGAGAGGAGGAGAGGAAGAGGAUGAGUGGAGAGCGGAUGGGUCUGACCUGCCUGGACCGAGACAGAGAGGCCUACAUCAGGGAUAAUAAGGAUCCAGUGGACUUCACAAGGAUCCAUCCGUCCAACAGCUGUCACGGUGACAUCACCUCUCACCUCAUGGUGCCGGGUGGGACUUCCCUACAAUCUGGCCAAUUAGGAGACCCCUCUGCACAUGCACACGCCCACUCGGCCCACCACCAUUGGCUGCCGAGCACUGGAAGUCCCUCCAUCUGGAUGACAAGCCACUCCUACGGAAUCGGCCACUCAGCCCUUCACCAGAACCUCGCCCCAGGUUUUUCUGCAGCCAUGCCAGGGUCUCUACAGCCUGUGCUGCCUCUGCCUCAGGACCCGUCUACCCAGCUGGUGGUGCUACCCACAGAGCCUGCUGCCCACCCUGUCACACAUCACCUGGAUGUGAUGGAGCAGCCUGGGCUGUGGCCCCCAGUGUACGGAGCCCGAGGGCCCUCCUCCCACAUACACCCACAACACCCCGCUGUGUACUCCCGCUCGCAGUUUCUACGGCAACAGGAGCUGUACGCUCUCCAGCAGCAUCAACAGCAUCAUCAUCUGCAGCAGCAGCAUCAACAUCAACAGCAACAGAGUCACCAGUCACACCCCCAGCCACAACCCCAGUCACACCCCCAGCCACAGCCACAGCCACAGCCCCAGCCACAGCCACAGCCACAGCAGCACCACAGGGCAGCACAGACCAUGGAGCUUCAACACAGACCCAACCACGCCCAGGUGCAGAAGAGACCAGAGUCAGUGGAGCUGGAGGAGCUGCUCUCUGAGCCACCAGGUUCUAAACCUUCCAAACCCUACUCCUCCUACCACAGAAACACCCCCACCCCGGGGGCCUGCACUGCUCACCUGUCCCCCUGCUGCCAGUCCCAGUCCCCCACCCUGCGCCCCCACCCUAAGAGCACCCCAUCCACCCCCUGCCCCGCCCCUAGCCCUGCAGCCGCCGCCCCUCGGUCUCCGGAAAUCAGUCCCGCCCCCCCACAGCUGCCAAAAGGGGCGGAGACCCAGGACAAGAGAGGAGAGGGACAGCCCCUGCAGGAUUACCCACAAUCCCUGGAGCCUGACUUGCCUCCUGGAUACACCUACCCUGCCAUCGCCAUGGGUUACAGGAGCUGCACAUCGCCCCACGAUGUCCGAUUGGCCGAGCCAGCUGACCUGGAGGCGGUUCAGGCGGAGCCUGCUGAGAAUGCUCCCCAGCCUCUCUCCAGCCUAGGGGCGGAGCUAGAGUGUCAGGCCAUGGUGAGGCCCCUCCCACACCAGGAAGUGGAGGAGGAAGAGGAGGGGCAAAAGGAAGAGGAGGUGGAAGCCAGAGAAGCAGCAGGCAGCUGUGGACCUCCAGAUCAGGAGCAUAGGGAGGAGCAGGAGGAGGAGGUGUCAGUGUGUCCUCCUGCGGAGAGCCGUGUGUGUGACACCGCCUCCUGUCCCAUCCCUAUCCCCCUCUCUGAGGAGGAGAACCACAGAGAUGACCCCACCUCCACCCUGGAGGAGCAGGAGGAGGAAAAGUGCAAGGUGGAGAGAGGACAGCAGCAGGAGGUGGCAGGAGAACAGGAGGAGCAGGACUCCACCAUCAUCGACCUGGACCCUCCCUGCCCUGCCCAACCCCACCAGGAGACACAUACUGAGGAGGAAGAGGAGGGAGGAGAGGAGGAGAGUACUCCUAAUGAUGACAACCACUCAGUAGAGUUGGUGUGCCUCUCCCCCUCCUCUCCCUCUCUGUGCCCCAGCCAGUCUAUCAUCACCCUCUCCACCCCCCUGAAACCCAUUGUGCCUAGUUACUGGAGCCUAGAGCUGCUGAUCGCUGCAGCCUUCUGUGCAGACGUCCCUCCGUUUCCCAUGCUGGCCUCCAGCACCCUCCAGCCCCAGGCCUGUGACACCCAUCCCUGCCCCAGCCACCCCCACCACGGCAUGGAGCUGCUCAGCGAGCUGGCCGACCUGGAGCUCCAACAGCACCGACACAACACAGGAGACAGCCAAGGAGAGGAGAUGUUGAUCUUUGACCUCCAGAGUCUUGCCACCCUGGCAGCAGCCCGUGCCUUGGAGCUGGAUGCCCAGGAGGGUAGCGGGGAGGGUGCCGGGCGGCACUACCCGGCCCGCAAGACCCUCAACCUGCGCAGGAAAUACAGCUGGACACCUCGCCACGAACCGGCAUGCCCGGCCAAGGGCACCAUGGAGAGGAUGGAGGGUCCGGAGCUGGCCAUGCGGGUGAAGCUGGCAGAGCUCCAGAGGCGCUACAAAGAGAAACAGAGGGAGUUAGCCAAGCUACAGAGGAAGCAUGACCACCAGAAGGAGGAAACACCUCGCAGCCCCGCCCGUAGAGGACCGGGGCGGCCCAGGAAACGUAAAUCAACCCCCACCGCUGGCCCAGGCUCCUCUUCUGAGACCCAGAGGAAAGUCAAGUCGUUAGGGGCGGGACUUGGCCUGUCGCCCGAGGACCUGCUGGGAGGAGGGGGUGGGGACGCCCAGAGGAAGAAGAAGAAGCUGUCCAAUCGGGGCUUUGAGCGGCUCGGCGCGGCAGAGAUAAAAGUGCAUGGCAGUAGCAGAAAGAGUGUCCUCCACGGUGUCCUCAGCUCUAAGCUGGCCCGUGACGUGGCCCAUCAGCAGCUCAGACAGCACAAGGCCCAGGGCGGGAAGAGGACUGGGAUGGGGGCGGGACCACAGGAUAAGGAAGAGGCGGCCUCUGCAGCUAGUUCUGCCCCAAAGCACCAUGGACAUCGAGGCCAGGCCACCUCCAAGGCCGAGUCCAGACGAGUCAUCAACGAGUCCGGCGGUCAGAGUGACACAGCAGCCAGUGCAGACAGCGGCGGCCAGGAGGGCUGGACGGGGACCCCGCUGAUGAUGCGUGGGGGCAGGAGGAAUGGGAUGGGGGGAGCUCACGGGGUCCAGGGGUCCGCACGGCUGCAGCAGCCCAGGGCCAGGGUCCUCCGAGCCAGGAGUCAGGAAGCCAUGGAGGGGGGAGAGACCUCCCCUACAGAGAGUGAAUCCUCCAACCAGGAAGAGGAAGAAGAGGAAGGAAGUUAUGACAGUGACGAAGGACAAGACAUCAAAGCACAACCCUCCCGAGACGUCUCUUCAUGCUCCACUGUGACUGGUCCAUCCCCCUCGUCUGUCGUCAAGCUGGAGGCCAAUCAGAAAGCACGGAACAAAAAAGAGAGGCAGGAGCUUUACGGUUCCCAGAGUUUGUCCGGGGCAGAGGGAGAGGUGAAGGUGAGGAAGAGGGCCCCCUGUAGGCUUGGCAUGGUCACUGCAGCCAAGAAGCACCCAGAGUAUCAGGACCAGUCAGAGGGGAUGAGGAGGGCCGGCGGACCCAGGUCCCAGGAGCCUCGCCGGGAGAGCCUAGGGACCCGGGGCAGCCUCUACCGGAGGACCAUGGGGCCGGUCACCUUCCCCACCACCAGUGAGAGGCUGAAGAGGGCCACACGCAAGAGCACCAUGCUGAGGGGACCCAUUAACAAGAGGAGAAGUUGCUGGUCAGGCGGUGUCCAAUCACCUCAGAGUGACGACAACACUUGCAGGGGGAGGAGGAUCCGAAACAAACAGCCCAAGGGCCGUGCAGUGAGCCGUCUACUAGAGAGCAUGGCGGCGGACGAGGGCUUUCAGAUGGAUGAGGAUGAUAGCAGCUUCUCCGAGGGGGAUGAGGACAGUAACCCAUCAUACCCUCACAACCCCAUGAAUCCACUAGGUGAGGAGGGAACACUGUGCCUCCAUCACGUCCUCACCACCGUGUCCCCACACGUCACUGCUUCUCUGGUUGCUUCCCACACUCUGCUGUGGACCCCUUUCUCUGGUGCACUCUCACCCUCGGUAGAGGUCCUCUGA